AUGAAUGCCACCGUUGAUUUGGUGACCUCAGCUGCAGUAGUUCGCAAUGCUACAACCGUCUCGGAAAUAAGUCCUGCUUGUAUUGAUUUGAUUUUAAACAUCGUUUUGUCUGCGGCUUCCUUGCUGGUGUUCAUCGGUACGGUCAUUAUCACCUACUUUGUUGAUGACCCUGGCCUUCGGAAAUUGAAACGCGGUACUCAACAAUCCGAGUCCGUCGAUAUUACUGAAUCAGACAAAAAUUAUAUUCGCUAUUUGGCCGAGCGCAAGUUCCAAAAUCAAAUCAAAGGCCAUACAUUCUCGGCUUUUUCACCUGCUUAUAACCUGUCCUUAACCACCGGAACUGAACCUCCAGAGUUACGUCGCACUGUACCUUACGCGCGAAGACGUGCCUGCUCAGAAUCACAUACCGCUCAUCGGAUGAGUGAUGCGAGCUCGGAGACACAGAUUGUCUUUUCCAAGCCUGUAGCUGACGUCGUAGCUAAAAGCGAGGAGUUCCAUCUCCCAUCCCUGGAUUCUAUCGAUUUUAUCUUACUUUUCCGCGACGCUAUACAUAAGGGAAGCCGACCGCUGGUCAGUGAUAAUUUUGAAGUGCUUUCCGAAGAGAUGGUUUCGGAUGGCGUCAGCGUGUCAGUAACGAGGCGAUUAGAAAACGGGUAUUUGGUUGUGCUGCAGGCACCUCAAUCCGGGAAAACAUCCAGCAUCAUCGAGUACGAUGGCUCGGUCAUGUGCUACGCAUGCCGAAACACCGUCUACCGAGACGAGUGUUGUUCUCCGUGCCUCCUUCAGGAUGGCGCAAACCGCGAGGUGGACAGCACAUGA